AUUAGCCAAAACUCCUAUUUGCAUUUUCAAUAUAGCCUAAGAUCAAUUGACCAUGUAUUUUUUAUUAGCCCAGCUGUGAUGAUAUAGGCUAUUUUAGCAGUAUAAGCAACUGCUCGAACAUAACCAGAUUAUUUCGUUCACUUUUGGACGAGUAAACUGUAAUUGGUUUGAGAUACAAAAUGUGUAGGCCUGCAUCCUACACCCAGACAAAAAUCUUAGUAGCCUAACCUAGGCUGGAGGUUUGGAUCGAAGUGCAUCUGUCCCAGAGAGAAGAGAGACUUCAGAGGCAUUAUAGCCAGCAGCCUGAGUGAUUUCAAUACAGUCACUGGAACUUUCUGAGGUGGGAGGUUGGGUUGGAAGAGGAAGUGAAGACUUGGUGAUAACAGAAGGAUUUCUACAUAUCAUGUUUAUUGGACAAUAGUUUAUGUUAUCAUGAGGAUGUUCUCUGCUUUGAAUCUGCUCAUGCUGAGUGUCAGCUAUGGGGCAACAUUGAAGAUAUGCUCCUUCAAUAUACAGUCCUUUGGAGAAAACAAAAUAUCCAAGCCUGAAGUAGUGGAUGUCAUCAUACAGUGUAUUGCCCGCUGUGACAUAAUGCUCAUAAUGGAAAUCAAAGAUGGUCGAGAAUUAGCUUUCCCACAGCUGAUGACGAAGCUAAACAGCAGGUACAGCUCCAGAAGGAAUGAAUAUAAUUUUGUAAUCAGUGACAGGUUGGGCAGAAAGUCCUACAAGGAACAAUAUGCCUUUAUUUACAGGAAGAGGUUGGUGUCCGUAAGGGAUGUGUAUCAGUACCCUGAUUUACAGACUGGAGACGAAGAUGUGUUUGCCCGAGAACCUUUUGUUGUGUGGUUUUCCUCACCAAGGACUGAGGUGAAGGACUUUGUCAUCAUUCCUAUUCACACCGUGCCAGAGGCUGCAGUUCGGGAGAUUGAUGAGCUCUUUGAUGUGUUUGAGGAGGUCCAGCAGCGAUGGACAUCAGAGAACUUUAUCAUCAUGGGAGAUUUCAAUGCUGCUUGUGGCUAUGUUCCCAAGAGUCAAUGGAAUAACAUACGCCUGCGUUCUGAUAGCAGCUUCCUGUGGCUUACUGAUGACAGUGUUGACACCACUGUGAAACAGUCCACCAAUUGUGCCUAUGACAGAGUGGUGCUCCAUGGUGAAAGAAUGAUCCAGGCAAUCAAGCCUUCCUCUACAGAGGUGUUUGAUUUCAAAACAGAGUAUGGACUCACAGAGCAGCAGGCUCUUGCUGUGAGUGAUCACUUUCCCCUGGGCUUCACCAUGGGUUCUGUCCAACGUAGAGGCCGACGGAAUUAACUGGAUUUUUAAGUGGAUGGAAAUUAAGUGGAUGUUUUAAAUUGAAAGAUUAUGGUAAACUGAUAUGACCCCUUGCUUUGGCAUAAGUUAAUGUUUACCUGACCAGGGCCAAUGUAGAAAUAGCUGACAAAGCUUUGUUGUGCUUUUUAGAUGACUGCAUUUGUGCCGGAAAAGGGCUUGGUGAUUAUGAAUGUUAAUCAUAAGACAUCUGAAUACAAAAUACAACAUGCUAUGAAACCAUAUAAUUUCAACCGGUUUUCACCAGACUGGCACUGGUACCAGUGUGUUUCCAAAUGUUCUACUGCAGCUCAUUUAAACACUUUAAUGAUGUUACUGCACUGAAUUAAUCAAGAAACAAAUGACAAUUUAGUAAAGACAGAGAGUUGUAAAUAGUCAAUGUUUAGAUUUUACACAAACAAAUGUAAUUGAGAGAUGUCACUACAUAGUUGAUUAUCCCAGACGAUCUGUUGCCAUGGGGACAUUAAAAAUUCCAUUCCUGGCAUAAAACGUGCUCCUUACAAUCCCCGACCUCCCAUUAGCUGGUGAUCUGUAUAUUUGUUCAUAGUCACCUGGGGAAACGUUAACACAGUUUUAAAAUGUCCUUAGUUUUUUAUUCACGCUGAUAUACUGCUUUAGCAAGAAACAUUCAUAUUAAAAUAUAUUUCCAAUUAAUAAA